CUUUACAGGCAAUGACGUCACAACAAAUAUGGUUGCUUCCACGGUCGCAACGCUGGAUUGGUAGAAUCAGAGUUUAAAAUUAAACGUGCGCGUUUUGUUUGGCGUUAACUGGCAAAAAUGAAGCACUUCUGUGGGCGAGCUAACCCGACCACUGGAGCUUUGGAGUGGGUGGAGGAGAGCGAAGAGUACGACUAUCACCAGGAGAUAGCCAGGUCAUGUUAUGCGGAUAUGCUGCAUGAUCACGACAGGAAUGAAAAGUACUACCGGGGCAUCCGGGCAGCUGUGACCCGAGUCCAGGCUCAAGGAAAGAAGGUCAUCGUCCUGGACAUCGGAACAGGAACCGGGUUAUUAUCCAUGAUGGCUGUUACUGCUGGAGCUGACUUCUGCUAUGCUGUGGAGGUGUUUAAGCCAAUGGCCGACGCCGCCCGCUGCAUCGUGGAGAAGAAUGGCUUCACUGACAAGAUCAAGAUUAUCAACAAACACUCCACCGAUGUCACUGUUGGACCAGGUGAAGAUAUGGAAAUGAAGGCCAAUGUUCUCAUCACAGAACUAUUUGAUACAGAGCUGAUUGGUGAAGGGGCUCUGCCGAGCUAUGAACAUGCUCACCAAAACCUUGUUCAGGAGGGUUGUGAGGCAAUUCCCCACCGAGCGACUGUUUAUGCCCAGUUAGUGGAGUCGCCGCUUUUAUGGAGCUGGGCUCAGUUGCAACCAGUAGAGGUGGAGGGUACCCGCUUGUGUCCACCGCCUGCUGUGGGCCAAUGCAGCGGCACGCAUUCCGUGUGUGACAUCCAGCUAAGCCAGGUGUCACCUCACAGCUUCACCCCAUUGGGUCCACUAUGCACCAUGUUCAGUGUGGAUUUUAGUAAGCCAGUCAGCAGUGCCCUCCAAUCCUAUACCUCUCAGUUUGUGGCCCAGACAAGCGGUCAGGCUCAAGUUGUUCUCUCCUGGUGGGACCUGGACAUGGAUCCCAGUGGAACAAUUGUGUGCACCAUGGCCCCCAGCUGGACAUAUCCACAAGCAAAGAUGGCUCCCUGGCGAGACCACUGGAUGCAGAGUGUGUAUUUCCUGCCAGGAGAAAGCAAAGUGACUGAAGGACAGGAACUGAGGCUGACUGUCUGCCACGAUGACUACAGUCUGUGGUACAGACUCCAGUCCCCCAGCCAACCGCAUCCUCAGGGCGACCUGCUUCUCUCGCGGCCGUGUUGUGUAUGUCAGGCCCACCUGGUUUGGACUCGACCACGGUUUGGUGAACUUAACGACAAAGUUCGCACAGAGAGCUACGUCAGCGCACUGCGGAGUGUUCUGAAGGAGGACAGUGUUUGUCUCGGAGUGAGUGACGCAAGUCUUCUUCCCGUGUUUGCACAUGUGCUAGGAGCCAAGAAGGUCUUCAGUUUGGAAAACUCAAGAAUGUCCAAACAGGUUAUUGAGCAGGUGCUGGAAUCCAAUUCAUUGAAAGGAGGAGUUGAGCUGCUGGAGAUCAGACCUGAGCAGCUGAACAGUAACGAUUUAGGAGGAGAACAGAUUUCAGUGCUGAUGGGAGAACCGUACUUCAGCACCAGCAUUCUACCUUGGCACGCGCUGUUCUUCUGGUACUGUCGAACUACCCUGGCUGCCUUCUUACGGCCUGACGCCACCAUCCUGCCCUGCUCUGCCACUUUGCACAUAGUGGCUGUGGAGUUUCAGGACUUGUGGAGGAUACGAGCUCCAUGUGCUACCUGUGAAGGUUUCGAUGUCACACCCAUGGAUGAAAUGGUGCAGAAGUCUCUGGAUUUCCGGGAGUCCCGGGAGGCGGAGCCUCAUCCUCUGUGGGAGUAUCCAUGUCGAGCUCUCACACAGUCCACGGCCGUAAUGACUUUUGACUUUACUCAGUGCAUCCCCAAACUGCCUAUCAGCUGCCAAGGAUCUUUACCGUUCAUCAGGGGCGGACGUUGCCAUGGUGUCGCUCUAUGGUUAGAAUACCAGCUGACCCAGGAGGUCUUUGUCAGUACAGGUCUAACGUGUCCCAUCAAUGAGCAGGGCGGAUGCGAGUGGAGCCGCCACAGAAAACAAGGAGUGUAUUUCUUCAGGUCAGGAUGGGAGACAGCCGGUGAUGACGGUGCCGCCGUGUCUUACAAGUUCACCUUUCAGCCCACUUCAGGUGACAUCAACAUGGACUUCAGCAUGGAGCAGACAGUAAAUCGAAAUCAGUGACAUGUGAUGAGCUUCUAAAUCCAUCUAAUGUGCCUGAUUAUUACAUUAUUAAUCUUUCUGAAAGUCUUAAAAGAAAGCAGCGACAAGCACCUGCCAGCUCAUGUACGUUCCCACCCAGACUACGGCACCGCUCUGUAGAUUUCUCCGCAUUUGAUUGGGAUUAUCAGUAAUUUGAUGACACCCUUAAAAUAAAUUAAUUGUAAUUAGACGUGGGGGAACUAAUUGAUUUUUAGAUGUAUCGCAACAUGGAUAUGGACGAUUAUAAAGUCGAUAAGUAAACUUCAAUAAUCAAUUUAUUUAUUGUAAAUAAAGUAAUGCAGACAUUUGUAAAAUUUGGCUGACUGCAGCUCGCCACCUCACAGAGAGAUCCAACCAGCUCCUUUAUUAUAGGGCGCACAUUUCCAUGAAUAUAAUAAAUGUGAUGGGAAUUUCAGUAACACUUUAAUAUGGGGAACAUAUUCUAAGUAACAAAGACUUAAAGGGGAACAUUAUCACAAGACCUAUGUAAGCGUCAAGAUAUACCUUGAUGUUGCAGAAAAAAGACCAUAUUUUUUUUUUAACCGAUUUCCGAACUCUAAAUGGGUGAAUUUUGGCGAAUCAAACGCCUUUCUAUUAUUUGCACUCUGAGCGAUGACGUCACAACGGUAGUCAAUCCGCCAUUUUCUCAAACACAUUACAAACACCAAGUCAAAUCCGCUCUCUUAUUUUCCGUUUUUUCGACUGUUUUCCGUACCUUGGAGACAUCAUGCCUCGUCGGUGUGUUGUCGGAGGGCGUAACAACACGAUCAGGGACGGAUUCAAGUUGUCUUACGUGGAGUGUGCAUCGAUUAAUGUAUGUACAUUUGUAGCUAUAUUUGCAUCCAGCCUUUCCCUCCACCCACAUUUAAUGCCAAACAAACACUUACCAAUCGACAGAUUUAAGUUGCUCCAGUGUCACAAGAUGCAAAAGUCCCGAUCGUUUGGUCUGCACAUUUUACCGGAGAUGCUUAGGCAGACAUGGCACUCAAUCGUUGGUUAGAAGGCGAUCGCCGAAUAGCGUCAAUAGCUAUUCGCUCAAUAGCUUCAGUUUCUUCUUGAAUUUCGUUUUCGUUAUCUGCCUCCAUACUCCAACCAUCCGUUUCAAUACAUGCGUAAUCUGUUGAAUCGCUUAAGCCGCUGAAAUCGGAGUCUGAAUCCGAGCUAAUGUUGCUAUAUCUUGCUGUGCUAUCCAGCAUUUAUUGGCGUCACAGGAAAAUGGACAGUGGCUUCACAGGUAGCGAAAAUCAGGCACUUUAAAGCCUUUUUUUUGGGAUAUUCCAUGAUGGGUAAAAUUUUGAAAAAAACUUUGAAAAAUAAAAUAAGCCACUGGUAACUGAUUUUUAUUGGUUUUAACCCUUCUGAAAUUGUGAUAAUGUUCCCCUUUGGUAGAGUGCCCGUGCCAGCAACUUGAGGGUUCCAGGUUCGAUCCCCGCUUCCGCCAUUCUUGUCACUGCCGUUGUGUCCUUGGGAAAGACGCUUUAUCCACCUACUCCCAGUGCCACCCACACUGGUUUAACCCUGUGAGACCCAAAUAUAGAAAAACCUAAAAAAAAAUUUAAAAAACAUUUGACCUUUCAGGCAUUUGAGGCAGAAAUUGAAGAGUUUAAAAAAAAUUGUUAAUGUAUGGUUUUAGAAAAAUGUUUUAAUAUUGCAACAUUAGGCUUUGAUGGGAUCACAAUUUCUGUGUUUGUACUCACGUUGCCUGAACAACUAAGGGUUCAUUUGCAGGGUUGAUUGCUUACUUAUCCCCAUAACAGUAUAUACCAUUAAUAAUAAUCACACGUUAGUUAUAUUUUCAUGAAAAUCUAGUCCAAUGAAACAAAUAAAUAUUGUUUGAAGGAAACCUUGAGAGGUUGUGUGAGUUCAUGGCCAGAAGGUGUGACUUUAUAAACAAAUGUACAAUCAAAUAGCCUGGUGAGACUGAGCAAUAGGACCCAAUGAUUAUGUAAAUGUGGUAAAAAAAAAAAAUUAUAUAUAUAUAAUUGAUAUAUAUAACAAAGUUUUUUAGGAUGGUUAAAGGUAAAUGAUAAAUAAAUAAAUGGGUUGUACUUGUAUAGCGCUUUUCUACCUUCAAGGUACUCAAAGCGCUUUGACACUACUUCCACAUUUACCCAUUCACACACUGAUGGAGGGAGCUGCCAUGCAAGGCGCCAACCAGCACCCAUCAGGAGCAAGGGUGAAGUGUCUUGCUCAGGUAAGGUUGUAAUUUUACAAAAAGGGGUGUUACAGGGCUAAAUGUAACUUAGAUAUUGGGUUUCACUAUGUAAAAGCGCUUUGAGUCACUAGAGAAAAGCGUUAUAUAAAUAUAAUCACUGUAAGUCACUUAAUUUAGAGUUAUUUAGACUCAAGGGUAACAUUCUAAGUAACAAAGACUUAAUUUAGAGUUACUUGGUUAUGGUAAGGGUUAGUAAUGGUGAAUAUGUUCCCCAUACUUAAGCGUUACCGGCUUACUGGUUGUAUGAUAAGGCAUUAAUAAGUACUUAAGAAUGACUAAGUAAGAGCCAAUAUGUUACUAAGUUGCCUGUUAAUAAGAAACUAAUUAAUGUUGAAUAUGUUCCCCAUACUCAAGUGUUACCGAAAUUUCUUAUUACAAUUGCACUGUUUUUAAAAGUUGCAAGUGAUAAACACUUAUUUAGUGAAAUGAAAAGAAUAAUAAAACUGCAUCAAAAUACAUGAAUGAUGCCUCAAUAAUCGAUUUUUUAUCAAAUUGUAGCUCUUGAAUCCUAAUCAAAACGUGACAUAGCCAAAGCUUCUCACCUGUAAUUGUAAUAUUUAAUACUUAAUACACACGAUACAAAGCCAUGGUGUGUGAUAUGUAUUAAAUAAUACAAUAAAUGCAUUGUAUUAUUUAAUCCAUAUUACACACAAAGUCAUUGUGUGUAAGAACUAUUUCUGCGAACAAACUAUUAUUCAAACCAAGUCUCUAGUCUCCCGAAUGCGCUUAGAUGUUUUUACGUGCUUGAAGUUACGGAUGUUUGUAUUAUUCGUAUUCUCCCAUCCAGUCUGCGGAUGUAAGUUAGGCAAAAGUUCUUAAAGGGGAUCUGCACUUUUGUUUGGAAUUCGCCACACUGUCCUUCGGGAGAGUCUCAAAGCCCGGGAAACAAUCCAAGUUAGAAUGUUUUGUAUGCGAGUGAAAAUAAAAUUUGCUUUUCACUCUAAAAGUCUACGACUGGUUCUCAAAAAUCCUGCGGGACAGAUAGUCCGAUUUUAUCCAAAUCACAAGAGUUCUGUUUGCAUCCUCCAAUCAUUUGUGGCAGCUUUGGGGUACUUUGAAGACUGCCAGCAACUUCCAAUUUGUCAACAAACCAGAGCAACGCUUACUCCAAUCAGCAGAUUUCCUGUUGUCAUAAUUCUGAAUAGGUGGAUAUCUUCACGUCUUCAACUGAAGGGUCGGCACGCACGCGGCACUCAUUUUCUCCUAAUAGUCCAGCAACAACCGCUCCAUCACGACAAACAGGUUCCCCAAAUCCAAGAUCCUGUCAAUUUCGUUGAGGCCAGUUAAAUAGUUCCACUGUUUAGAUUUGGAGAGCAGUGCAAUAAGAGGCAACAAGAAAGUUAAGACAAGACUAAGAAACAAGCAGGAGAGUCGAUCAGUGCCAGAGAGAAAGAUAUAGAUAAUAAAUAAUAAUAAAUAACAAUCCUAAAUGCGCCAACAAUACUACAUUUGCAUUUCGUAAUCAGGAUAUUAACGUAUGUUUAGCGGCACAUUGGUCACAGAAAACUUCCCUAUGCUGCUCUAUUGACAUCCUCAGCAGGAAAGCUGCUUUUCCGCCUCUGAGCUUGUCAAAAUUAAUUAUAAAGCAUGCCUCUCAGCUUCAUAGAAAAUUUAUGAACACAUGAACUGAGAAGUUGGUCAACUUUGACAGCCAAUUUAGACCCGUUGAUGGCAAGAAAGGCAUGCGAAAGAUGCACCCAUAGCCUUCUUUUGAACCUGUCACGAGGACUAUGGGUCAUCUUAAUCGAAACAGGAAUAUAGUGGCAUCGUAACAGUCGGAAUCCAAGUGAGAGCAGACAUUGUACAGUAAAUAUUUAUGUUUGCAUUGAGUAGCAAUCAGUGAUGUGGAAGGAAAAAGCGAAAAUUGUGAUUUGUCAAUGAAAUGAAUGCUUAAAAUAAGUAAAAUACCCGACCUCGGAUAAGCGGAAGAUAGAUAGAUAGAUAGUACUUUAUGGAUGGAUGGUAUGGUGGAUAUUUUCAGUUGAGACAAUGGAUAUUUCUAUUUAUGGUUUAGUUUAUGGGCCAAACUAUAUCGAUAUAUAAGUUUUGGUCCUCAUGGUGAAGCCGAGAGCUGGCCCAAGGCAUAAGCAAACUAAGUGCUUGCUUAGGGCUCCGCGGCCACUAAGGGGGCCACCUUAUUCCGGCCAUCUUAUUCCGCGUAUCCGAGGUCGGGUCGCGGGGGCAGCAGCUUAAGUAGGGAAGCCCAGACUUCCCUCUCCCCAGCCACUUUGUCUAGCUCUUCCCGGGGGAUCCCGAGGCGUUCCCAGGCCAGCCGGGAGACAUAGUCCUCCCAACGUGUCCUGGGUCUUUCGUGGCCUCCUACCGGUUGGACGUGCCCUAAACACCUCCCUAGGGAGGCGUUCGGGUGGCAUCCUGACCAGAUGCCCGAACCACCUCAUCUGGCUCCUCUCGAUGUGGAGGAGCAGCGGCUUUACUUUGAGUUCCUCCCGGAUGGCAGAGCUUCUCACCCUAUCUCUAAGGGAGAGCCCCGCCACACGGCGGAGGAAACUCAUUUCGGCCACUUGUACCCGUGAUCUUAUCCUUUCGGUCAUGACCCAAAGCUCAUGACCAUAAGUGAGGAUGGGAACGUAGAUCGACCGGUAAAUUGAGAUCUUUGCCUUCCGGCCCAGCUCCUUCUUCACCACAACGGAUCGGUACAACAUUCGCAUUACUGAAGACGCCGCACGAUCCACUCCUCCCUCACUCCGGAACAAGACUCUUAGGUACUUGAACUCCUCCACUUGGGGCAGGGUCUCCUCCCCAACCCGGAGAUGGCAUUACACCCUUUUCCGGGCGAGAACCAUGGACUCGGACUUGGAGGUGCUGAUUCUCAUUCCGGUCGCUUCACACUCGGCGAACCGAUCCAGUGAGAGCUGAAGAUCCCGGCCAGAUGAAGCCAUCAGGACCACAUCAUCUGCAAAAAGCAGAGACCUAAUCCCUCGGCCACCAAACCGGAACCCCUCAAUGCCUUGACUGCGCCUAGAAAUUCUGUCCAUAAAAGUUAUGUACAGAAUCGGUGACAAAGGAGUCCAACCCUCACUGGAAACGUGCUAGACUUACUGCGGACAUUAACAAUUACUUCUUUUUUUUUUUUGCAUGUGUGAGUCUGAUUGAUGAUUUCUUCAUGAUCAAAGAUAGAUGGUCGGUUCGGGACCCUUUGGGACUGUGACAAGGGGUGGCACUUUUGUGACUUCUGCGGUGCUUUUUUGGGAACUUCUGGAUCUUCCACCCGGGAGCCUUUUGGCCAUGGAGACCAGCUGCUGGGUCUCUGCAACAUCAGAGUCAGUUUGGAGAGACUGGAGGAGAUGCGGAUGAAGAGACAGGGCUGCCGAGCUGGUGCUGAGCGCCGGGGACGGACAGGCUUCACAGUGUCUUGGUGAAUGAGUUGGUAUCGGACACCUCGUUCUCCUUGGACGCAUUCUUGUUCAUCCAUGCGGACUGGACAAUGGCCGAGAGUUGGGGAGCGGCUGAGGUUGGAGUCGGCUCUCUUGGUUGCUUUGUUGGGUCUGCUCCUGUCUCUGGCCAUCCUCCCCCCAGCCCAGCAGACGAUGGCGUGGAACACCACAGAGGCCACCACAGUGUAUAUGUUUUGGAUUUUUUUGUUGUUUUACUUUUAUGGCUGUAUUGUAGACGUGGCUGCUUGCAUCAGCUCUGCUCUUUUGAUGUUCUUUGAUGUUUCCCUAUUACACAUUAUGUGUGCUAUGGCUAUGAGUUUAUUUUCCCUUGGCCUCAGUCUGGACCCCUCUCCAGGGGCCCAGGCUUAGACAGAUUUUUUUCCCGUUACCUUUUUCUCACCUUUUUUUAAGGGGCGCCGGAAGUUGGCAGACCCCUCAGUGAUCCUGUUCUGUCUCCCUGUAGUUUUUGAUCCUGUUCUGUCCCCUGUAGUGUUUGUCAGGGAUUAUUAAAGUAUUUCUGAUUCUGAUAUUUUGUAUGCUGUUUUGCAAGACCCGUGUCACGUGACUUCAAACUUGACACCUCAUUGGCUGGUUCUGAGAAAGGAUCAACCGAUUCAGUCUUAAUUUACCGGAAGUAAGUAUUGCUUUUUGAGGCAGCAAAUUUUUACACACUUAAUUUUAAAACACCGACUUUUUAUGUAAAUGGAUAAUUUGAUAUAAGCAGUUCACAAAAUUUGAAUGGAAAAAAUUGAGUGUCAUAAAUUCAGCGUCAAAAGUUGUUGAGUUAAUUAACUUCUAGAUAAUCAUUUAUUUUGCAUCUGGUGAAUGUUUAUAUUAAUCAUGGAGAAAGCAAACCACUGGUAGGUAUUUAAGUUUAGGCAUAUAUUACCAUAGGGCCCUUUAGUAUUGACAUUUGCGUUUGAAUUGGAUUAGUUGUCGCAGAAGAAAAGGCAAUAACAUUAAACCUUGCAAUGCAAAGGUGAUGGCCCUAUCCCUGAGAAGAGACUACAUGCUUAGCUUAAGGCGAACAUUUAAAAUACGACCUGCAUCUGUUGUCUUUCCAGACACUUGCACACGAACAUCUCCUCAGGAUGUGCUGGGGACGGCGUGGCGAAGUUGGGAGAGUGGCUGUGCCAGCAAUCUGAGGGUUACUGGUUCAAUCCCCACCUUCUACCAUCCUAGUCACGUCCGUUGUGUCCUUGGGCAAGACACUUCACCCUUGCUCCUGAUGGGUCCUGGUGAGCGCCUUGCAUGGCAGCUCCCGCCAUCAGUGUGUGAAUGGGCGAAUGUGGAAAUACUGUCAAAGCGCUUUGGGCUCCUUAAAAAGGGCUAGAAAAGCGCUAUACAAGUACAACCUAUUUACCAUGUCCUGACUCAGCAGAGACAGGAAGGAGGAAUUUAAAAUUGAUGGUUUAACUUCUCCCAAAUUAGGAGUGCCUCAUUUUGUUUACUUGACCUCCUCCAGGAACUGCAGUCCUGUAUAAUGAUACUUGCUUGUAAUAAAGCAACUUUAGUUAAGUAAAGCAUAUGUCCGGACUAGGAUGACGACCAGAAAUACACAUCAAUCCAAAACAUUUCUUGUUUAAAAGUCAUAUUUUAAUAUUGAAACAUAUCAUCUAUGCAUAAAUUACUAGAUGAGACGCACAAAUGGGAUGUGUCAAUAUUAAAAUAUUAUUUUUAAUCACUUUUUGGCAACCAAGAAUAUCCAUCCAUCCAUCCAUCCAUCAUCUUCCGCUUAUCCGAGGUCGGGUCGCGGGGGCAGCAGCCUAAGCAGGGAAGCCCAGACUUCCCUAUCUCCAGCCACUUCGUCUAGCUCUUCCCGGGGGAUCCCGAGGCGUUCCCAGGCCAGCCGGGAGACAUAGUCUUCCCAACGUGUCCUGGGUCUUCCCCGUGACCUCCUACCAGCUGGACGUGCCCUAAACACCUCCCUAGGGAGGCGUUCGGGUGGCAUCCUGACCAGAUGCCCGAACCACUUCAUCUGGCUCCUCUCCAUGUGGAGGAGCAGCGGCUUUACGUUGAGCUCCUCCCGGAUGGCAGAGCUUCUCACCCUAUCUCUAAGGGAGAGCCCCGCCACCCGGCGGAGGAAACUCAUUUCGGCCGCUUGUACCCGUGAUCUUAUCCUUUCGGUCAUGACCCAAAGCUCAUGACCAUAGGUGAGGAUGGGAACGUAGAUCGACCGGUAAAUUGAGAGCUUUGCCUUCCGGCUCAGCUCCUUCUUCACCACAACGGAUCGAUGCAACGUCCGCAUUACUGAAGACGCCGCACCGAUCCGCCUGUUGAUCUCACGAUCCACUCUUCCCCCACUUGUGAACAAGACUCCUAGGUACUUGAACUCCUCCACUUGGGGCAGGGUCUCCUCCCCAACCCGGAGAUGGCACUCCACCCUUUUCCGGGCGAGAACCAUGGACUCGGACUUGGAGGUGCUGAUUCUCAUUCCGGUCGCUUCACACUCGGCUGCGAACCGAUCCAGUGAGAGCUGAAGAUCCCGGCCAGAUGAAGCCAUCAGGACUACAUCAUCUGCAAAAAGCAGAGACCUAAUCCCGUGGCCACCAAACCGGAACCCCUCAACGCCUUGGCGGCGCCUAGAAAUUCUGUCCAUAAAAGUUAUGAACAGAAUCGGUGACAAAGGACAGCCUUGGCGGAGUCCAACCCUCACUGGAAACGUGUCCGACUUACUGCCAGCAAUGCGGACCAAGCUCUGACACUGAUCAUACAGGGAGCGGACUGCCACAAUAAGACAUUCCGAUACCCCAUACUCUCUGAGCACUCCCCACAGGACUUCCCGAGGGACACGGUCGAAUGCCUUCUCCAAGUCCACAAAGCACAUGUAGACUGGUUGGGCAAACUCCCAUGCACCCUCAAGAGCCCUGCCGAGAGUAUAGAGCUGGUCCACAGUUCCACGACCAGGACGAAAACCACACUGUUCCUCCUGAAUCCGAGGUUCGACUAUCCGGCGAAGCCUCCUCUCCAGUACACCUGAAUAAACCUUACCGGGAAGGCUGAGGAGUGUGAUCCCACGAUAGUUGGAACACACCCUCCGGUCCCCCUUCUUAAAGAGAGGGACCACCACCCUGGUCUGCCAAUCCAGAGGUACCGCCCCCGAUGUCCACGCGAUGCUGCAGAGUCUUGUCAACCAAGACAGCCCCACAGCAUCCAGAGCCUUAAGGAACUCCGGGCGGAUCUCAUCCACCCCCGGGGCCUUGCCGCCGAGGAGCUUUUUAACUACCUCAGCGACCUCAGCCCCAGAAAUAGGAGAGUCCACUACAGAUUCCCCAGGCACCGCUUCCUCAAAGAGAGACGUGUUGGUGGGAUUGAGGAGGUCUUCGAAGUAUUCCCUCCACCGAUCCACAACAUCCGCAGUCGAAGUCAGCAGAACACCAUCCGCACCAUACACGGUGUUGAUAGUGCACUGCUUCCCCUUCCUGAGGCGCCGUAUGGUGGUCCAGAAUCGCUUCGAAGCCGUCCGGAAGUCGUUUUCCAUGGCUUCCCCGAACUCUUCCCAUGUCCGAGUUUUUGCCUCCGCGACCGCUAAAGCUGCACACCGCUUGGCCCGUCGGUACCCGGCCACUGCCUCCGGAGUCCUAUGAGCCAAAAGAACCCGAUAGGACUCCUUCUUCAGCUUGACGGCACCCCUCACUGCUGGUGUCCACCAACGGGUUCUGGGAUUACCGCCACGACAGGCACCAACAACCUUGCGGCCACAGCUCCAAUCAGCCGCCUCGACAAUAGAGGUUCGGAACAUGGUCCACUCGGACUCAAUGUCCCGCACCUCCCUCGUGACAUGUUCAAAGUUCUCCCGGAGGUGUGAAUUGAAACUCUCUCUGACAGGAGACUCUGCCAGACGUUCCCAGCAGACCCUCACAAUGCGCUUGGGCCUGCCAGGUCUGUCCGGCAUCCUCCCCCACCAUCGAAGCCAACUCACCACCAGGUGGUGAUCGGUAGAAAGCUCCGCCCCUCUCUUCACCCGAGUGUCCAAAACAUAAGGCCGCAAAUCCGAUGACACAACUACAAAGUCGAUCAUGGAACUGCGGCCUAGGGUGUCCUGGCGCCAAGUGCACAUAUGGACACCCUUAUGUUUGAACAUGGUGUUUGUUAUCGACAAUCCGUGACGAGCACAAAAGUCCAAUAACAAAACACCACUCGGGUUUAGAUCCGGGCGACCAUUCUUCCCAAUCACGCCUCUCCAGGUUUCACUGUCGUUGCCAACAUGAGCGUUGAAGUCUCCCAGUAGGACAAGGGAAUCACCCUGAGGAGCACUUUCCAGUACUCCCUCGAGUGUACCCAAAAAGGGUGGGUAUUCUGAACUGCUGUUUGGUGCGUAAGCACAAACAACAGUCAGGACCCGUCCCCCCACCCGAAGGCGAAGGGAAGCUACCCUCUCGUCCACUGGGUUGAACUCAAACGUGCAGGCUUUGAGCCGGGGGGCAACGAGAAUUGCCACCCCAGCCCGUCGCCUCUCACUGCCGGCAACGCCAGAGUGGAAGAGGGUCCAGUCCCUCUCGAGAGAACUGGUUCCAGAGCCCUUGCUGUGCGUCGAGGUGAGUCCGACUAUAUCCAGCCGGAACUUCUCUACCUCGCGCACUAGCUCAGGCUCCUUCCCCCCCAGUGAGGUGACGUUCCACGUCCCAAGAGCUAGCUUCUGUAGCCGAGGAUCGGACCGCCAAGUGCCCUGCCUUCGGCUUCCGCCCAGCUCACAAUGCACCCGACCUCUAUGGCCCCUCCUAUGAGUGGUGAGCCCAUUGGAGGGAUGACCUACGUUGCCUCUUCGGGCUGUGCCCGGCCGGGCCCCAUGGGGACAGGCCCGACCACCAGGCGCUCGCCAUCGUGCCCCAACUCCGGGCCUGGCUCCAGAGCGGGGCCCCAGUGACCCACGUCCGGGCGAGGGAACUCUGGGUUCAUUUUGUUGUAAUUCCAUAGAAGUCUUUGAGCUGCUCUUUGUCUGAUCACUCACCUAGGACCAUGCCCCCUGGUAGGGUCUCCCAAGACAAACCAAGAAUAUAUUGAUUUAAUAAAUACAUCCAAGCACUUUAUUAAUAUUUAUAUGCAUUAACGAAUAACAGCUAAUAUUUGAUGAAGCUUUUAAACAAGAAAGAGGUUUUAACACAUUGAUAUCAAAUCACUAACAGUCCUUUACAAUCCCAUUAAUAUAAUAGAAAUGGCCAAAUCUUUAAUUUUUUGGACACCAUAAAGGCUGAAAUCAUUCCAAACACAUCGUUACAAAUAACCACAAAAAUAAGUGUUUGUACAACAGGUAGUAAUCAGUUGUGGACAGACGGAAGUCCCAGCAGUGCAGCUUUAGCAAGCAUGCGCGCUCACACGGCAGGAAUCUAUUUUUGGCAGAGGCCACCUGUCAGGUUCAAACACUGAUGACAUCUAUUAAACAAGACAAGAAGCAAGGAAAUAAACAGAGACAGAAUUCAAUUUGGCUCAAUUGAGGAGAAACGUGUCGACCUGUAACCUCUUACAGUGUCACCCACGCUCUGGCGAAAGAUUGUAUUUAUCCCCCUUUAUUUGGAGUUUCUCUGACCACACGUCAACAGCUGUUUCUAAGGGAUGAGGGUUGCGUACAGUUCACAGAAAAGGUCGUAAAACAUUUUAAAAAAGGAGGUGGAAGAGGGGUUAGUGCGUCCGCCUCACAAUACAAAGUUCCUGCAGUCCUGGGUUCAAAUCCAGGCUCGGGAUCUUUCUGUGUGGAGUUUGCAUGUUCUCCCCGUGAAUGCGUGGGUUCCCUCCGGGUACUCCGGCUUCCUCGUACUUCCAAAGACAUGCACCUGGGGAUAGGUUGAUUGGCAACACUAAAUUGGCCCUAGUGUGUGAAUGUGAGUGUGAAUGUUGUCUGUCUAUCUAUGUUGGCCCUGCGAUGAGGUGGCGACUUGUCCAGGGUGUAGCCUGCCUUCCGCCCGAUUGUAGCUGAGAUAGGCGCCAGCGCCCCCCACGACCCCGAAAGGGAAUAAGCGGUAGCGGUAGAAAAUGGAUGGAUGGAAGGUUCAAAAAGAGGUCGUCUGGAACUUGGGCAGAUCCUGCCUUCUCUCUGCUUUGUAGUCCUUGGUUUAAAAAAAAAAAAACAAUAUCUUUUUUGUUGAUUAUAAUACAUGAAAGAAAACAGUAACACCUUCAUGUUGCCUCCCACCCUACACAGUGGAGUUUUACGAGCCUUACUCUUGGUAGGUUUCAAAGACAGCUUUUGGUCUUCUCGCUCGGAACUCAUUUCAACACAAAGUUUUUGUGAUAAUUUAGAUAGAAUUAUUCUAACACCACCCUGAAAAAAAUGUAAUUUUAGACUGAUAUGUACAAGACUAAUGAGACAAGAUGACACUUUUACUGUAAAAACAAAGGUUUAUCACUUGGAACGUUCAACCCGAGGCCACUCUUGUGGCUGAAUGUUCUACAUUUUGAAAUUAGGAACCUUAUGCGACACCCUGGUCAUCAUUCUUUUAAUGGUAUUUAUUAGUUAUUUUUGCAUCGGUAAUAUUUACCUUCUUAACUGGGCCACCACCAUGUAUUUAUAAAUGACAUGUCAUAUGUCAACAUUGAUUGAUUGAUAUGUAAAUACAUGCCGGGCUAACAGUAGGAUAACACUAACUGUGAGUUUAUGGUAGUGUGUGAAUGAUCAAUAAUACUGGCAGAAAGAGGGCCCCAAAAUCAAAUUUUACUUAUGGCCCCAUUGAGUAGGCUGACCAUAUUCUGAAAUCCCAAAAAGAAGUGAAUUAUAUUUAGUGAAGUGAAUUAUAUUUAUAUUGCGCUUUUCUCGAGUGACUCAAAGCGCUUUACAUAGUGAAACCCAAUAUCUAAGUUACAUUUAAACCAGUGUGGGUGGCACUGGGAGCACCCGGGUAAAGUGUCUUGCCCAAGGACACAACGGCAGUGACUAGGAUGGUGGAAGCGGGAAUCGAACCUGCAACCCUCAAGUUGCUGGCACGGCUAUUCUACCAACCGAGCUAUACCGCCCCACAAAAAAGAGGACACAUAUAUGCGUGCCAAGGCCGGGACAAGGUGACAAUUUGCCAAAGAUACUCAAACUUGCUUUAUAAAUAAUAUAGUUAUUUAAAUAAAGCAUUUUUUCUCCUC